GAUUUGCACAGGGAAGUGUAUAGUGUGUCUCGCGCAGAAGUUGUAACGUCGUCAACUGCUUCCUCAUUAUAAUGGCGACUGUCACGACCGAGUCAAUGGUGUCGGCAGGACUUACAAGAGUAUUUCUGAUAGUCAUUCUUCAUUUUGUACUAAUACCGCCGCUGACAGCGAAGUCAGAGCAGGGCAAAUGGACCCUGAACGUGGAUAAUGAAAAUAUUGGGAAGCAAAAUCACUUCUACUAUUCGAAGACAAUGUUCAAUGAUACUUACAUUACAAUAACAUGGCUCAAUGAAGAAUGUGGGGGUCCUGUAAACUUCAGUAUAGGAUGGUAUUUGCGAAGUUCUCCUUGCCACGAUGAAGUUUUUAGAUUUAAACCCGAAUUUCUAGUACAUUAUUUUAACUCCAGCAAAGUACAGCGGGAAGGAGGCAAUGGAUUCUAUAUAAGUCACUUGUAUGACCCUAUAACAUGUGAAUCAAAUAUUCAGAAAAAUAAGCUUGGAUUGAAGGUCUUGGAUCACCCUAAAAAGCUGCAGCCAUUACCUCCAUCAACCACAGCUGAAACGCAAGGAAGACGAAAGAGGGAUGCAGAGAACAAAGGACAGACAAAAGAGGUGGCUGCACCAAAUUCAUCCAAUGCCCCGAAAAGCAAAGACACAUCAGUGGACACUUCGCAGUCUAAACCACCUGAUGCAGUUGCACGAACCUGGGAAGACAGCCCUUACAUGUUCAUCAUUAAAAUUGAUGCCAUUUCACCUGCAAAAGACACUAAAUGGAGCAUACAACUGGAGAUCAAGAUGAAAAGCCGCCAUGACUACAUAUCUGCUUCUGAAUGGCCUUUGAUGAUUUUCUACAUGGUGAUGUGCAUCAUCUACGUGAUCAUGGGAGUGCUGUGGUUGGCUCUCUCGGCUUGUUACUGGAGAGAUCUGCUGCGGAUUCAGUUCUGGAUCGGAGGAGUGAUCUUUUUGGGCAUGCUUGAGAAAGCGGUCUACUAUGCAGAGUUCCAGAGUAUUCGUUAUGAUGGCCACUCGGUUCAAGGUGCAGUAGUGUUUGCAGAGGUGCUUUCAGCUGUGAAAAGAACGCUGGCUCGAGUGCUGGUCAUCAUUGCUAGCCUUGGAUAUGGAAUAGUCAAGCCAAGACUUGGAGCAUUGCUGCACAGAGUGGUUGGAGUAGGACUGCUUUACCUUAUCUUUUCCAUCAUAGAGGGUGUCCUGAGAGUCAACACGGAGCACGGUGGGCAAACCAGUCUGUUUUGUGACAUUGUAAUGGCCCUCAUUGAUUCAUGUAUUGUGUGGUGGAUCUUCAUCAGCCUGGCUCAGACCAUGAAGCUCCUUCGGCUGAGGAGAAACGUGGUCAAGCUCUCUCUGUACCGACACUUCACCAACACACUCAUAUUCGCUGUUAUAGCUUCUAUUAUAUUCAUCGUCUGGACAACAAAGACCUUCAAGCUAGCCAAGUGCCAAUCUGACUGGAGAGAGCUGUGGAUUGACGAUGCCUUCUGGCGCUUCCUGUUCUCCAGUAUCCUGCUCGUCAUUAUGUUCUUAUGGAGGCCGUCAGCAAACAACCAGAGGUACGCCUUCAGUCCACUGGUGGAUGAAAUUAGUGAGGAAGAGGAGGAGCAGCUGAUGAAUGAAGCCUUCGAGGGUGUGAAAAUGAGGGGAAUGAAACCAGAGACCAAUGGAAGCGCAAAACCCAGCAAAGUGGAUGAAGAUCUCAAGUGGGUUGAGGAAAACAUUCCCUCAUCAAUGGCUGACGUCGCACUGCCGCCACUGCUAGACUCAGACGAGGAGAUCAUGACCACGAAAUUCGAGAUGUCCAAAAUGGAGUAGAUUCAUGAAGAUGAUGUAUGUAUUGUAUAUAAUAUGUGUACAACAAUGCACAACUGCUUUAUCCCAAAACACGAGCUUAUUAUAAGCGACGUCUGUAAAUAUGUGGGAUGACGAGGGUAAUGCACUAAAAGACAUUUGUUUUUUGUUUUUUAAUUGCCUGUUUGUAUUUAUAUAUUUUUUUCUCAUAUAAUAUGGUGUCGGAGUUUCUUAAAACAUUACUGUAAAUUGCCUUUGACUGUUGUUUACAUAUCUGCAGUGCAAAAUGUGAUUAAAACACAUUAGUUUGUGCAUUGUGCUCUUUCCCUAAGAGGCUUUCGAGCAACAAUCCGCUUAUUAAUCACAUAAAGAUGGGAAAACAUGUAAGAUAAAA